AUAUUUGAAAUGAAGAAGAAGCAAAAAUUGUGCAGAAAAUUAUAUUUCCCUGUCAUUUACUGAUCUCCAGUUAAGGUGCUGGGAAGGAGAGACUAUUUUGUUAUUUUGUGGUUCUAUUCGAUUUUUAAAAAACGAUGACAUCACGGCGGGAGGAACCAUCAAAAAAUCUCUAAAGGGGCUAAAAAUAUACAUAUUUCAAAAUCCACUGAUGACAGCAAAACAUGUGUUGGUGAUGUACAAAGGAAGUUUUAAAAUAUUAUGGGAUGGCCACAGGACCUAUAGCUUGGUGGCUAUUUUGAGACAAAAUUUUGUGAUUUUAACAUUUUCCCACAAUAUGUGAACAAAAAGCUUCUGCUUUUACAGAAUUUCCCACACAUUACAUCCACAGCCACAGCUGAAGUCUCAUUGACCUUUGACAUCGGGUGGAGGUUGCCAUCUUAAAUAGAAAAAAUGAAAGAUAAAAAUCAGCUUUAGUACCUUAAAGUCCACAGAGCUAAAUCAGGGUGGAGAACAGGCAUGAGAUCAUCAGAGGGGUAUUCAGAAUCCAGCCGAGAGUCGGGGCAGGCGCCAGGCAAACAGAGUCAGAAACAGGGUCAGGACACCGAAGGUCAGGUCCAAAUAUAAUGCUGAGAGUCAGGUGUGCGGCAUCCAGGAAGUGUGUGCUGGGGUUGCUGGGAACUGUAGUGUGGAUAGAACUCUGGGGGCGCUCCCGCCGGUGACCAGAGGGGGAGACAGAGCUCUGACUUCUGACAGACUUCUCCUUAGGAUUUAAAUCUAGGCCUCCUAACUCCUCCAGCAUCAUUGGAAGAAAACGUUGGCUUUUAAGUUUGUAGAUCUGGAAUGGCGUUAGCUUGGCGAGCUCAUUAACUGUAGCACGCACGUUUUUUGACAGGAAAAUUCAGAAAAUUUAACACAUAAAUGGUUGGUUCGAGCUGAACGAAUUAUAGAGAUCGUAGGAUAUGAACGUUUUAGGAAUGUGGGCGUGGUUAACAAAAAACCUCAGCAUGCAAAGAAAACCCGGAAGAUUCUUCAAGAAACGACUUUGGUUCGUCACCCGCAGGACACCAAAAAAUAAUUUUGAAAACAGUUUUGCAGGAGCAGAGGGGUUGAGUGAUCGGGGCAGCAAGGGUUAGGGAGUUGCCCCUUUGGGUUUUUCAAGUCUACUAACUUUUUGUUUCUUCUUCCUUUACACAUUUACUUUCUUUAUUUGCCCAUUUCUCCCGUCUGGUCCUAUUUCUGCUCAGUUUUUUGGCCUCCUCUGUUCUCAUUCAUGCACUCGUCCUUCCUGCCUUGCAUUUUACCUUCUCCCCAUCGUGAUUUCACCUCACUUCUGUGGUCCAUCCAUCCCAGAUCUUCUGCAGUGCUCUGUCCUCCGGCGCCUCCUCUUCCUCAUUGGUGCUGAAGCUGGGAAAAGAAGCGUCUGCUCCUCACUAACCUCACAUCCUGCAGGUCGUCCCUCAUUAAUGUGGCUGAAUGUUUAUAGUGUCUUCAUUAGCAGCCGUCCCAACGAUAACAGGGCUUCAGAAAAGCCGUCCGCUCUGCUGAUAAGGACGGCCGAGCUUCUAUUUUGGUUGACGCGAGUCGCCCUGUUUACUCUGGGAGCAUGGGAGAGGACACCAGGAUCAUUCUGGCACCCUCUUCGUUUUCAAACUUAACACAAAAAGUCUGUUUUAACCUGAGAAGUCGCGCCGGUUCUCAGUCUGCUCCCCAAGAUGACGACCUCCAGAAGCUUUCUGUUCCAGCUGCGCUUGAGUCUGGCGCUCGCCAUCGGCUCCUGCCUCUGUAAGCCUCUCGGUAACAGCAUCCCCGGCGACGCACCGCGGGACGCGACGCUGCAGGACGUCCUGGACGAAGAAGACACAGAGUCCAGAAUGGAGAACCUUCUGGAAACCUUGAAGGAGGGUUUCCUGAGGCAGCUGAACCUGUCAGAGGUUCCUCAGGAGAACUUCAAGGUCUCGCCCCCCCAGUUCAUGGUGGAGCUGUACAACAAGUAUGCCUCAGACAGACUGGCUGCUCCCCAAUCUGAUGUCAUACGGAGCUUUACGGUUCAAGAAAUCCCUGUGAGUGAGGCCAACAGCUCCAGGUCCAAGCACCGGCUGCAGUUCAGCGUCAGCAUCCCCGGACACGAAAAGAUCACCACUGCCGAGCUGCAGCUCCUCUUCCUCCCAGACGGAAGGUCAAAGGUCGCCUCACAGAGCUCCAAAGCCACCGUCAAGGUCUACCAGGCCGCCGCCGCCGCCACCGACAGCAGCAGCUCGCGGGCUCAGCUGCUGCUGGGCAAAGAGACUGUGGACCGGAGGAGCACGUGGGUGACGUUUGACGUGACCACAGCCGUUCAGAGGUGGGUUCGAUCGGGACGGGGGGCCACUUUCUUCGAUGUGGUGGUGGAGAGGAGGGGCUGCGGCGCCCUUCCCAGCGCAGCCAGCUGCCUCAAUAUGAGCCUGUCGGUCGGAGACAACACCUCGGCUGCUUUGAUAGUCUUCACAGACGACCUGGGGAACAGGAGGAGGAAGAAGAGCGAGGAACUACGAGAAAUGAUUCUCCACGAGGAAGAAACUCUGCUGCACUCGGGCGCCACCUGGUACAGAGGGAGCCAGGUCCCAAACGCUCAGGCCCCACGGCGGCUCAAACGGAAGGCCGAGCGGCAAUACUGCAGCAGGAGCUCGCUCAAGGUCAACUUCAAGGACAUCGGCUGGGACAGCUGGAUCGUGGCGCCGCCGGAGUACGACGCCUUCGAAUGCCGAGGCCUCUGCUACUACCCGCUGACGGACGAGUCCACGCCGUCCAAGCACGCCCUCAUCCAAACGCUGAUGAACAUCCGGGAUCCCCGGAGGGCCAGCAUGGCGUGCUGCGUGCCCAUCAAGCUGGACCCCAUCACCGUCAUGUACCAGGAGAACGGCCGGCUCACCAUCAGAUACCUGUACGAGGAGAUGAAGGUGGCAGAAUGUGGAUGCAGGUAGCCAGGAGGAGCAGCGAGAAGAGGAAGCAUAAAUCCACCAAAAUCUAUGAUGGGGGGGGGGUCCAAUAAAACUGUUAGGGUCGAUUCUUCCUGAUGAAACUCAACGCAAAUAAUAAAUAAAGACAUAAAAACGUCAGAAUUGGAACAAACUGACUUGAAAUCUAAAAAAAUAAUUUGAAAUAAAAAAACUUAAACAGGAAUUUGUUUAUUUUAGCAUUUUACGGAUUAAAACAAACUUAUUUUCUGGUCUACAAGGCGCCUAAUAAUCCGGAGCGCCUUAGAUACGGCUUCAUUCUGGUUGCGUUUACUGAUGUUGAAGCGAUCUUGAGAUGCUGUCUCUGUCAAAAUGAUUGAUCGGAUGUUAUUGUGAUGACGCCACCGAACGUGUAGCGCUGUCAGACUGUUUUUAACGUGUUGCAAAGAAGGUUGGGAGUUUCGGGUAUUGUGAACACGCUAACAUGGCGUAGCACGUUCUGCAAACUUUUCGUCUCUUUUAUAAGGAAAAGGCCACAAAAGAGGAACUUUCUGAAGUCAGAAUCCCUUUGAGGAAAGAGCAUCAGAGUUUAGGUCACACACGGUGGUGGAAGUAUGAUGGUCAGGGGUUAUUUAACAGUGGUGGAAAUCGGGUUUGUUUACUUUAUCAGAAAAUAUCCUGCUUCAAAUUUCCAGGGAGGAUCUUGUGAGCUUGAGUUACAGAAUAAAUAAAAAAGGAGACAGAGAGAUGCUUCUGCCUGACUGUAAACAGACCAGAAAUGGUAGAAAACCCAACCCUACGGCUAAAUAAAACAACGUUUGGCAGGAUUCUUUUUCAUUAAACAGAUAUUUUGGUACAUCUGGUCUUUCCCUGUCAUUUUCCACAGAUUUGGGGGAUUUUAGAUGCACAUCAGUUUAAAAAUUAGAAUAUUCCUUGUCACUUUUCCCAUAAUUGAACUGCUGUGUGAAACGUGAUGAAUUCUCCUUUUACAAAUGUAAAGUUAAAGUGUUUAACUUAAAAAAAGUAAAAAUGUAUUUUUACAAGUGAAGUAAAUUAGUGAUUUGUUAAAAAAAACAUUUUAAUUUUUCUUUUUGUUUUUGCUUUAAUCUCACAUGAAAAUAUUCUUUCUUUUUCUUUCUGUUGAUGUUAUUUAUUCUGUAUUUGAUCAAUAAUCUUCACUUGAAGUGGUCGAGUAUAAAUAGUUCUAACUAGAAGUUAGGAACCCGAUAAUAUUAACUUUGUGAGAAUUCAAAAAGUAAAGAAUAACGGGUGGAAUUAUAUCAAUUCACUUCCCUUUUCCAACAAUUAAACUUUUUUACACCAA